GAAAGUUUCCAACGCUCCAUCGAGAUUGCAUUGUUACUUCUAAUCAAAGCAGGCGCGAGCGCCAGUUUCCUUCUUUAUUUGCUCGUUUGUUCGUCGUUCCGUCCGCUCCGUUUGUUCGUCGUUCCCCCCAACAAUGCCGAAGAAAGCCAAAAGUCCGAAAGUUUCGCCGGAAGAAUUGCUCGAGGCCCUGCGGCAGGCGGAGGAGGAACGCUAUGCGGAGGAGCAGGCCCGGCUGCACGGGAAGGUGGCCCUCGAGCUGAAGGAAUACAACCAGCGCCGCAUGCUGCUCGUCGAGACGGUCAAGUUCUUUCGCAGGCUCGAAAAGGCAGCGCUCGACCACGAACGACAGCAGGCGGAGCGGAAAGAGUGGACCGAUUUCCUGGCCUGCCGGACCGCACCCGAUCCGGCCAGCCCGCCGCUGCUGCGCGAGGCGCUGUACCGGUGGCGCUUUCAGCAGGAAGCGCUCGAAAAGAGUUCGGUCAGCUGGACGCUGGCAGCGGACGAACGGAGCCCAUUGACGCAAGACCCGAGCCGGAAGCGAACGACGAGAAAAGAUCUGAGGGAAGUCUUCCGGAACAUAGGCGGCCUUUACUUGCCCGCCGUCCGGGAGGCGCUGGCCGUGCUGGCAUCGAUCCAGGACAGUGUUCAAGGAAAGGGCCCGCGCCACCAAACGAUGCCCGCCGAGGUCGCGCUCGCCCGGGACGAGAUCCGGAAGUUCAUUAGCGAUUCGCUGGACAGGAUGACCUUUCGCAUUGGCAGUAACAUCGGCCGGGAUAUGGAGACUUUGGAUCCUGUGAUGAGUGAUUUCCACUUCCAGGAGGACGAUGUGCUGUCGAUGUAUCUGUGGAGCUUUCGUCCGGUUCCACUUGCACCCGAUUAUAAUCAGCUUAUGAAAGUUAUCGACAUGGUUCCGCUGAGUUUGGUGCUGCAUCGGCCCCCGGCACUGGAUCUGAAGGACUGCCUAAUCCGUGGAAUGUGGCUGGAGUUCGAUCACCACAGCAAUAUGGACCCGACGCACACCAUCCCAGCGCUGGAGCCGACGGCGGAGCUGAUCCCUGCCCAGGAAGCGGAGUGGAACGAACGGCAAGAAGUGAAGCGGAAGCGGCUGACAGCGCUGCGGAAGCUACGGGCAGAUUACGAUGCCGAGCAGUGUCGUAAACAGGCCGAGGCGGAAGCGCUCGAAGCUCAAAAAGGGGGCAAAGACACGAAGAAGCCUGCCGCCGCCACCGCCCCGAAAGCCGGUAGUAAAAAGGGCAAGUCACCAAAGCAGCCACCGGUCCCGGAGCCGGAGCCAGCGGUGAUUACCGACGAGACCGAGGUUGACAUUGACGCCGAGUUCGAGCAGCAGGAAGCGGAUCGAUUUUGGGACACUUUAGCCAGCGUAUCGCCGAAAGCGCGUCCCCUCCGGCCGGGUUACAUCAACCUGCGCGAGUAUGCCAUCGUCGGUGGCGUGUUCAAGCUGGCCCGGUUCGACAGGCUGCCCCAGCCGAUGGAGCCGAGGCCCGAUUUCAUCUACACCAACGUUCCGGACGGUUUGCAGCUGACGGAAAAGGCAUACCGAGCGCUGGAGCCCGAAGAGUUGAUUAAAAUUGAGCUCCAACUGCCGGCCCACUGUCACUGGUGGGAGGAGCCGACCGUCUGCUGGUGGGAGCGGUGGGAGGAAGGCGAACAGUUUAUCCAGCUCGCCCCGGAGGUACAACAGUUUCACCUGCAGUAUGACGAAAUCGAGGCCCACAAGGCGACGCUCCUGUUUGCCGCCCCGGAGCAUCGGCUGUCCCGCGCCCUGGCCGGCGAACCGAAGGUCGUGCGAGACUUUAGCCUGAUGGACAUACCGGUGGAGGUGCGGCUGCACUACCUCAUCCGCGACCACCUGCUGCCGCGCGUACCGGAAGGAUAUCGAUUCCGGGCGGAGCUGAACCGGCUGUACGCCCUGCUGACGGAGCGGACCGCCCGGCGGAAGGCACGCGAACGGGAGCAGCUGGCACGCGACGGGCUGGUGCGCAAGUACGAGCAAUUUCUCACCGACGGUCAAGACGCGGGGCUGUCGGAAAUGCGCCUUCCGAUCGAUUCCGACAUCGACAGCGGCGACGGCACGGAUGGCACGGAUGACACGGAGGAGCAGGAUGGCACGGACGCGCUGCUGGCGCAGGAAAUGGAUGAAAAAUUGCAACAAUUUUCAUUGGCAGCAGCGGACGAGACUGCCCACUAUCUGCAUCCACCCGUGCCGCUCUGCCAGCCGCUUGUGGUGGGCGACAGGUACGACGGUUCGGAGGCCGCCAUCACAGCCGAGCUGAUGCAGGAAAUGGAGGCACUCGUGCGGCGAAUGGAAUCGACGGAUGCAAUGCUGGACAAUGAUGCGACCGAGCGGCUGUGCAAACUGUUCUCCACCUUUCUGCUGCUGCUCGAGCAUCUGCGCGAGAAGGAAAAGCCCAACUUUCCGCCCGUGCCGGUCCCGGGCGAGGAGGCGGAAGCGGCGGACGAUGUUUCCGCGAUGGUUCAGCCCAAGCCCCGGCGACGGUGGCUGGAGAUUCGGACGACGAAAAAGUACCCGCUCGGGCUGGGCGCCGGCCGAACGCGCACACUGUCCGGGGUGAGCGAGGCGUCGCUGGCGCAGGACGAGAAGAAGAAGCGCAAACGGAGAAAGUCCGCCGGCAGUGUCACGGCCCAGCGGGACAGUAUGGCACUGCCGGACGCCCAGCAGGGGCAGGAAGAGCGGGAGGCGAUGUCGCUGAUCGAGCACGAGCCGGGUCGAUGGGCAACGAUGCCAAUCCGCAACCAAUCGUACGAUCCGGAGCGACGGCUGCUAACCUUCACCACGGACCGGCUGGGCGUGUACGGGCUGGCCGCGCGCAAGUACUGCAACAUUCCAUUUGUCCACUGGGACAUGCGACGCCACGGCAGGAUCGCCAACCUUACGACGGCCGUCACGCUCUCCUCCAAAUCGCUGCAAAUCGUGUUCUACGUCACGGCGCAAGGCUACCGACUGGCGCUGCAGGAGCACGCGAAGAAGCAGACGAAAAAGUUGUUCCUCGAGGAGGCACCGGCACCGGAAGUGUUGCCACCCGGUGACGGGACAUUCACGCUGGAAGAGCUGGAGAAGUUUCUGCAGCGCAUGAAUGUGCACCUGUUCCCACAAGUGGACACUUGUUUCUACGUCCCCGGCAUGGAGCGGGCGGCGGCGAGCCCGAAGCAUCCGUCGAUGGAGUCGCACAAUCUGCGCUGUCUCGGUGUCUUCUGUCUGACGCACAACUUUCAGUCCUGCCUGUGGAACCGGUACGCCAAUCGACGGACCGCACUCGUGCUGGGCCGCGAGCUCAUCGAGGGACGGAACGAGCCCGAAUUCGGCACCGUCAUGAUAACGCCACUUAAGUCACAGUUCGUCGAGGUGGAGGAGCUGUGCUCGGACGCGCUCGAGCAGAUCCUGCUCGCGUACCAUCCCCGUCCCGAGGAGCAAAGCUACAAUGCCGAUUGCUACGGUCUGCUGAAGGACAGCCUGGAGGAACCGUCCCGCAAGGUACUGGCGAAAACGCCCGCCCUGCUACAGUGGAACGUCGGGCAGUUGCUGCAGAAGCUCCAGCUGCUCAGCUACUCGUGAGCACACACGCCGAAUUGUAGUGAUUGUAGUGGGCUGCCCCCGCCCCCACUACGACGACCGAACCCGGUCAUCAUCGUGCUCCGAACGGAAUGGCCUAUCAUUAAUGUAUUACAAAAUCACGCCAAUUGCAGUUAGCUUUGCUCUGGCGGCUGAGUUUCUUCGACACUGCUCACGCCAUUUCGUGCAGCCGCCAAUUGUGAAUCGCCCGAAAGGAAAUGGGUUGCUGUAGGAAAAACCAAACCCCCCCCCCCCCCCCCCGGGUGAGUGGACCGUAGGCUUUUGGGCUUCCAUUCAUUCGAAACCCCCGCUUCCAGCGAAAGCAUUAAUCAUCGUCAUGCUCGGCUGUCCGACUCGUUUUCAAUCCAAUUACCAUUGACUGCGGCACACAGUCAUCAUCAUCCCCCAUGAUACACCUUUCUUUUUUGGCUCGACAAUGUUCAAGUUGCUUUGUUUAUCGCCGGGCUUGAUUCGAAUUGAGCACUGCCAUUAGCGGAAGCGUGCAGUGGACAAGGGAAGGAAUGGACGAAGCUUUCAAGAAUGGGCAGUCCUACACAAAAGUCUAAAUUAUCCGUUCCGCUAAAGCGUCUGAUGUAUUUUCGAUGUACUUGCAAGCAGUCAGCAGUGUCAUUGUAGCGCGGGGUGAAGGGGGGGGGGAAGAGGAGAAAACAGGGUACGGAGGUAGGGAUUAUGGCAGGGUUUCCUAGUCGGCAGGACAAUGACGGAUGCACUUUGUAAAGCAUGGGCCGAAAUGUGAGCCCAUUACUCCCGUUCGGGCGGAGUGAUUGAUACUUGCUGAUGGGUCGAUGAAUGAUUUAACGUUUGAAAUGGAGUGUAAACCCUCGUAUCCAUCAGUUUUCGAAACGUUAUUGAUUUGCUGCAACACACUGGAACGCAACUGUUGUGUUUUUAAUGCAUUUUUUUUUUCAUCCCAAACUAUUUUGUGUUACGUUUGAUGUAAUGCUUGCAACUUAAAUUGCCAACAUGCACAAUGGAACAUCAUAAAUUCUUUAUUUUCUUUCGGUAUUAUCCAAACAUCCAAACAAUUGAAACAUAUCUUUCCAAAUAACCUCGUACUGUGAUGCUGUGUUGCAUCGUUCUUUCUCGCUCGCAUCCCCCGUUGUGUAGUGCUUUUGUUAUCCCUUGCAAGUACCAUCGAUAGGACGGAUAAACAAAGGAAUUAGCAAACAUCCAACAUACUCACACAUGUGGGAGUUUUAUUUUCAUCAAUUUUUGCUCCCCUGCUCUCAUGCUCCAGUGCUCUCAUUUUACUUCAAUGUUAUUUGUACCACCCACCGUCAUUCCCUUCUUGUGUGCCGUCCCGUCCCUUCCACACCCCACCUCUAUCGAUAGCCGAUUGUGUUUGGGCGUUCAUGUUGGUCAAAUUUGUUCGAUCAGAUAUGUUGAUUUAUGCGCCAAACUCUUUGCGGCUUCGGUGCGGCACUGGCGAGCGGUGUGGCUACAUCCGGCCAAGGGGGACGGGACGGGGACAGGGUGAGUUGGGGGUAGGUAGUAAGUUAGUGUGAUGGUUUUAUUUCUGCUUUGCUGUUUUCUUUCACCCGUCACCUACUCACCUCGCCAGGCUUCCUCCUCGCGCGCCACGCGUUAUCGUACUGCGACGCUCGGUACGCUUCCGGUAGUGGGAAAGGGCUAUCUUUGCACGGGUUCGCUUUGCUGGCACGGGGACUGGCAGGAGCUGGCAAUCAUCAACACCACAGUGCAAAUGGUGAGGGCGAGGAACAUCCCUCAUCACACAUUGACCGAUCAGCGGGGAAAACAUCCAAUGGGUGGUCUGGAGAGGUAGCGUGGGUUCCCGGAAGUGAGACAUACACAAACACACGCACGCACCGGAAGAAAAGCGUGCUUCCAAUCUAUUCAAACAGAAUUGUAUAAAAAUAUGUGCCUUGCUCGAUGGCGCUGUGUUGGGCUGGGUGCGUGAAACGGAAGGAGAAACGGCAACAUCGGGCGGGCUUUGUCUCUCACCCCCCCCCCCCCACCCCUCGCUAACGAAACUGAAGGAGAGGAAAAAACGCCCCAAAACAGCCACGCAAACCGAGGCAGCCCCGAAAAUCGACACGAUCGAAAAAGUUUUCACAUUUAAUAUCGAUUAAAAUUUGUUUUUGUUUAACUUUCGCUUCGCAAGGGACUGGACAAGUACAAUCGAUGCACAAACUCACUCACAAAUACGUUUGCGCCUGCCCCCCACCCACCUGGCGCCCGUUAUCGAAACGGUCGCUUUUGUCCCCUCGUGAGAGAGGGAGAGAGAGAGAGAAUGAGAUAGAGAGCUGAAAAGGAGGCUCGUACCAUUAUUAUCUUGUAGAGUAAGCGCAGCCACACCACAGUUUUUUUUUUACUGUAGUGGGGAGAACAUCCCCCCAUCUCCCCCUCCUUCACCACCUUUCCUUCCCACGAAACGCAACUGUUUAAGGCAUCGUUCAGCAUUUCGUGCGGUUCGUCGCCGGGACGGUCCGAAACAAUGGAUGGGCUGUAAUAAAUUUGAUCAGUAAAAAUUA